AUGGAUGAUAGCCGGGAUGAAGCCUGCCACAAGCCGGCCUGCAUUCGCUGCCAUGCGCACAAGGUGCGAUGCACACGGCCGGCAAACAAGAAGCGCUGCAAGCGCUGCUACCGCGCAAAUGUUGAAUGCAUCCCGCGGCCCUCUAAACGGGCCAGAGACGCCCGAGACAGUCCGUUUGACACCGAGAUUAGCACUCCCGGACUUGACGAGGACCCUAGUCCCGCGGCCGUGGCCAAGCUCCCGGAGGAUGCAAGUAGUAGUAGUUACACGCCAGAUAACACGGCGCUGCAUCUAGACUUUGACUUUUCCGUGGACAUUAUCGGUCACGCGAGCGAGUGUGGCUAG